AUGGUCAGCCUCCAGCCUCCCCCUCUCCAACCUCUCUCCCCCCUCUUCCUGCUGCUGCUUCUCCUCCUCCUCCGCCUCCUCCUCCUCCUCUGCAAUGAUCUUUUCAAGGAUUUCAUUGCAUGUCUAGGCAUCUCCAAGCUUCUUCUCCGGCAGCACAUGGCUAUAAUGCGGAGCGUGUUCGAAGGCUGGCAACUGGCUAGGAGGAGGAAGGAGCAAAUCAUAUCGCAUCUGAGCAAGAAGAUGUUUCACUCAGACUCGCUUCUUCUCUCCUCCUCCCUCUACGCAUGGCGGGAUUUCAAAGUCUUUGCUCUCAGGUCUCGUUCUGCUCAUGUGCGCUAUGACCUCCGUCUCCUCAACUUCAAGGCGCGAGUCUUCGCCGAGAUGAGAACGUUCGCAAAGUCCGAGUGG